AUGGUUUCCUCUCCGGACUGGCGUCCUGGAAAACGGGUGGCCAUUAUUGGAGGAGGACCCGGUUCGAUCUCAAGUGGCUUAGCCUUGAUUCAACGAGGCUAUGAUGUGAAGAUAUUUGAGCGGCAACCGGCAUGCGAAGCGAUUGGAGGCGCGGUCCUGCUAUCGACUCCCGUUUUGGCCAUUCUCCGAUCCUAUAGCUUGAACUUGGACAACGUUGGCUCACACACUGUCACCCAUUUCACGAAUAAAAAAGGGCUAGAACGUGUCAAACUGUCAUUCAAUGCAGAGGUUGAGAGGCGCAUGGGUAUCAAAGGCUGGCACUAUGGCGUCCUUCGUUCAUCAAUCUUCAAAAAAAUGUUGGACCUUGUCCCUGAAAGUAUCAUUCAUGCCGGUCAUGAGUUCACUUCGUAUACAGAACGUGACGACGGCAUUGGGAUUUCGUUCGCAAAUGGUCACCAGGCCACGGCCGAUAUUGUCAUUGGCGCCGACGGAAUUCGCUCAAAAGUCUCGCGACAGGCAUUUGGUGAGCCUCAUCUGUUUCACACCGGGAUUCGUCUUUGGCUCGCUUGGUGCGACCAUAUACCUGGUAUCCCCGAAAACUACGGUGUUGUUUCACAUGACUGGCAACACCAGGCUAGUUUCUUCCCAAUGCUUCAUGAUGGUAAACCAGGAUUCGAAUGGUGGGUGGUCGAACCAUCGUGGGACGGGAAGCCUGUCCCAGAUGAUCCUCAAGCGCAUCUCACCGGAAUCCUCAAAGAUUGGGCACAUCCAAUGCCUCGCUUUUUAGAAGCCACCAACUUCGAAACUCAAGUAUAUAGAUGGGAAAUCUUCAACCGACCUUCCAUGAAAAAGUGGUCCACCGGAAGGGUUGUAUGCGUUGGUGAUGCCGUGCAUCCGGUAUCGCCAUAUGCAGCAUAUGGUAUGGGCAUGGCAAUUGAGGACGGUUAUUUCCUUGCCAAAGCGCUCGACGGUGUCGAUUUGCGUGAUUCACUGGCAGUCAGCGCCGCAUUUGAGAUCUAUGAGAAGCAACGAGUCGACUAUGUCAAUCAUAACACGGAAUUUGCCCGUUUCCUUGGCAAAAUGUUCCACUCUGUGCCUCGGCCCUUCGCCAACAUACGCGACUUGAUCUUUGAUUACACUCCGAUACUUAGUAACUUUCUCGGGAAAGGCUACCUCAAGAAAGCGGAAGAGGAAACACUGGGCUUGAAGGAGCUUCAAGUAAUUUGA